AUGACGGAACGUCCAGCUAAACGACGCCGUGUUGAACUCUCGCUCGAUGAUAAACUCAAAAUAAUUAAAAGUUUCGAAAGUGUACCUAAACCAACGUUAAGAUCUUUGAGUGAAAAGUUUAGUAUUGGCAAAUCAACAGUUGGAGAUAUCAUCAAAAAACGAGAGGUUUAUAAGGCAGAGUUUGAAAAGAAUAUUAGCGGGAAUAAACGGCGGUUUAAUAACGCAUGUAAAUUUGAUAAGCUCAAUGAACUGGUAUGGCAGUGGUUCUGUCAAGCUCACGCUAAAAACAUCCCGAUUUCUGGUCCCAUCAUCCAAGAGAAGGCCAGUGAAUUUGCCAAGGAACUUGCAGUUGCAGAUUUCAAGGGCUCGAAUGACUGGCUGGACAGGUGGAAGUGCAGGUGGAAGUGCAGGUAUUCUGUGAAAUGUUUCCAGGUCAGUGGUGAGAGUGCUGGAGUGGACGUGGCGGUGGUGGAAGACUGUGAUGAAACAGGCGUGGGGACGAAAUACCCAAUGACGGAAGCGACAACGAAUCCGAACAAGAUGUAUCUGUUCCGGGAAACGAUCUCGGCUAUCCUGACGUGUUGA